CUCGAAGAUUGGUGGUACGAUGCAUACUGCGAGAGUCGUCUCCCUUUGGUGCCUUAUGUGUCGCUAGCUGCCAGCAACAGUUCGUGGACCCCGCUUGACGGCUCGCAAAUCUGUCGUGCUGCUGAUAGCAUAUAUUACUGGAUGUUGUUCUGGGAUAAAAUCAGAAAAGAAACUAUGCCAAUUACAAAAAGUCGCGGAACUAUUUGGGACAUGUACCAGUAUCGCUGUGUUUUCAACUCCUGCCGAGUACCUGACCUGCCGAAGGACCGAAUGGAUAGAUACUUUCAGAACAGAAGACAGCGAAAUGAGCGAGUUUCAGAGUCGGAAGGUGAUUGCCCGUCGCACAUUGUGGUGCUAUGUCGAGGGAAUGUGUGGAAGGUGGAGACGCUCAAGAAUGGGCAAAUAAAGAGCCCUGAUGAAUUCUAUAAUGUAGGCACUGCGAUAUAUCGACACGCAUUCCAAGGACAGCACUAUGAACAGCGUAGCCUCAAUGACCACUGA